AUGAAAAAAUACCUGGCGUGGAACAGACCGGACCCAGCUAUUGCAUCCAGCCCACCGCCCGUUGUCGCGUUCGACUUCUUGGCGUUGCGUGCCAACAACACGGCCAACUUCCCGCCCGAAUCGUCGGCAGUCGCAGCGCUGGAGUCGCAGUCGGCUACAGCGGCCGCGGAGGCAUCCGCGCCCGAAACCCCGUCCACUAACAAUGUCGCCGACCUGGGCCUGGGCGAUAAUGCCGCCUACAAGCUCAAACUGGCCAACUUCUUCCAGUCCGUCCAACAGAACCCAUCUCAGCCGUCAAUCCCGGCUUCUCCAGUUCAAACCAGUAACAUGGCCGCAGCUUUGCUAGCCGCUGCCCAAACCCAGCUCCAGCCCACACAGACCACGGCCACGAAUUACUUGCUAGCCGCGGCUCUGAACACCCAACCAGUCCAGCAGGCGACCACCACCGCUCAGAUCGACCCCAGCAACGUGUCGAACAGCCAACUUAGCGCGGCUAUAGUGGCCGCAGCGCUGAAUCAAGCGAAAACCAACGAAUCGCCCUCAGGCCAGAUGACCGGUGCGCAAAUCUUGACCGCCUGCUCGACAAACAAACUGAGUGCAAACAAUUCGACCGCGUCGUCGCAACAGCUCGCUGGCUUCAUGGGCGAAACAAGCCACUCCACUUUGGACAGUCACCCUUCAGCCCCACGACCUCACAGCCCCCAACUUUCACAGCGUCGGCUGAGUGCGCUGGACGUUCUCCAAUACCACCAACAACAAGCCUCCACCUCCGGACUGUCAAAUUUUCAGUCCGGGUUCGGCGGUACAAAUCAAAGGAUAGCUUUGAAUCCCUCUGGCAACUUUACUUUGAAUUCAAACGGCACUAACCUAGCCUUCCCCACGACUACUGAUAAUCUGUCAAUUGUGGCUGCGGCAAUUGCUAAUCAACCAACGCAACGCCCGUCAGUUGCCGACAUUUAUGCCGUCGCCAACACCGCGGUGCAGCUACAGCAACGAAACGAGUGUAGCCAGCAAGCCAGUAGCUCUUCUAUCAGCAACCAAAGCGACAUUAACAACGCGAUUGUUGCUGCCGCAGCAGCCAACCUCACCCAGGCCAACAACCUUCAACAAAUGGUACAGAACUCACCGUUGGCCUUACCACAACCGUUUAGUCCAGCUAACGAGAAUCACCAACAAAACAGUCAGAGCUUGAUGGGUAACAACAACAACGGAGUUGCUGCUUUGUAUCCUCAGCUGAUCCAGUCUUUGAAUAGCUGGCCUACCACGGCCGCAGCCGUCCUGUUAGACCGUCUAGGACCGGAAAUUCUGAAGUCAAACAUUCCUCAGAUCCAGAAGCCAAUCCCCAACUUUGAACAAGUCGAUUUGGCCAAGUUCAAGUUGAAAGAGCCUUCAGAAUGGACGAUGGAUGAUGUGAUUGCUUGGUUGUUGGAUGUUGCCAAGAGGAACAACAUACCGGCCGAAGACUUGAGUACUCAGUUUGCACGGUGCACUGGAGCUCAGCUUCUGCAGAUGAACGAACAACAGUUUUGUGAACGAGACAACAACUACGGUUCCUUAUUGUUUUCGGAGUUCAGGAAGUUGAUUAAAGGUAAAUUUGCCUUUCAUAUUACUUUGUGUUAUUUUAGAAAACACCUGGGUGUUGCUAAUUAAUAUUUGAUUACAUUUCUUUCCAUUAUUUGUAAAGUUUGUCAGAAAACACAGAAUACUCAAAACUGUUUUUGUGAAUAUUACUUGUACUGCUAUAUAAUUUAUAAUUAUCAUAUUGUAGUAACAAUUUAGUAACGUUACUAUACAACUUCAGUCUUCUUAAAGAUGACAUUAUUAUCCUUAUCACUUUCAGAUGACCAAUGCACGUUAGACGACUGGAUUCGCAAUCAUCAUGACAUAGAUUCCGGCCCCUCAACGUCGCGGAUUCAGCAAACUCCAACCACGCAGAGCAACCCCUUGAAUACGUUGUUGUACUCAACCUCUCCACUCAGUCCGAUGGCUCAACAAAUCCAACGACAAAACAAUAUGAAUCAGACAUUGACAACGUUACAUCCUGUAGCUGCGCUACAGAUGCAGCAAAAGAAACAACAACAGAAGAACGACGCUGCCUUGCAGGUACGGUUACUUUACUUUUUUUGUCUAUUCUUCAGUAUUUUUUCUAUGUUAUACUUGUUUUAUCUGUAAAUGCAUAUUAACAUGCUUUACCUACAUAGUACACUACUAAACUCUGCACAAUUUUACAGUAUUCUAUAUCGUCGAUUACUGUUAGGAAGCAAUGUUGUUUGUCAUAAACACUUACAGUCUUUUGCAAUUUCUGACAACGUCAGUCAUACUGUUGAAAAUACUUGAGUCACCAACUAUCGUAUUAUGUUGUAAGGCUGCAUAGUGCGUAAAAAUGUUAAAAUACAGUUUGCGUAACCAAGAAGUUACUAGAGUGUUUUGAAUAUCUUAACAAAGAUGUUUCACUACAAAAUUACUACUUACAACGUAGUAGUUUCCCGUCUUUCUCAGAAUACAACUUUGUACCUUUCCCUUUUAGAUGGUGUACGCCAUCUCUAUAUGUAGCUUCGGCAUCAUCCUGUUUUACAUCCGUUUAUAGAAAUAGUACAUUAUCCUGCUAUAAGUCUAUCUUAUCAUCUGUUCACAAAUUUACCAUGGUAAAGUUCCAUAUAUCUUUACAAGUUGUAUACCUUUUCCAAUCAACUGUUACAUUAUGUUUUGUAUGUUUCCACUUCCGUAUUCCCUUACAAUGCCUUUUUAAUAUUUAUGCAGCAUUUACAAAAAGUUAAUUGCGAAAGCACACUCCAAAUGCGGAAGUCGAGUGUGAUAGGCGACGUGAUUCACGUCCGAAUAGACACUUCCUUUUAUCUGUUUUCGCUUAUCAAGGUCAGGAAGAACGGUGAUAAGCCGGGGUACACCGCUCCGUAGCAUCAUUCUGGGUUUCGGGAUCAUGUCAUUGCUUUGAUAAACAAGCUAAUAUUGUUGUAGUAACAUCAAUAUAAUGAUAUUUAAAGUAGGAUACUUCCUUUAACUGUCUAUUGUUUGUUGAUAUAUUGGUAUAGGCACAGUUUGUAUACCAUAACGCAGUCAAUUUGUUAUCCAAUCUUUUAUUUUUUAGUCUGAUGGUUUAAUAAACUACGGUACCCUCUUUACCGUAGUACAAAACCAUCAUAUCAUGAACGCUUCCUUGUUACACCACGUUAAAACCUUUCUCGCGUUGUAACGUUGUUCAAGUUUUUGAUCUUCUGUAAGCGUAAUUCUGUUUUCCCACACCAAUUCAUUAGUAAUUUGCAAACAAUUCGAGUUACCGUAGUUGUUUGUGGUCACCUAUUUUUGUAACUGUCAUUCAACCAAUCAGGUUGUAAAUGUUUGAUUAUUUUGUUUGCAACAUUGCCUCAUAUAUCGCAAAAUUUAUUAAAAAGAUAUGAUUUUUGGGAUCUACUAUUAGUCUGAUCAAGCUUACAGAAUCGUAUCGUGUUGUUUUAACUAUAUUGUACUUUUUUAUAAUAUCUUAUCUUUUGUCAUCUUUUAUCAAACAUUAGUUUUUAGGACCAAUUGUCAUUCUAGGCUUGAGAAAAGCAAUCAUGCUAAUUAUCAAUUCUUGUCAACUUUGAAUUAUUGUAGUUUCAGUACCACGAAUUUCAUUUCGUAUUCGUUUCUGAAUUAUCUUGCAAAAGUGUCGACCUGUUGUUGAUUGUUUAUCUAAUCUUUGAGGUCUGAUAACGCGGAAAUGGGCAGUGAUUGAAAGACACAGCCCUUGCACUUGAUGUUAUGAAUGGAGACGAGAGUGAUAGGUUUUUGCGGGGACAUAGACACCUGGGGUACAGUAAGAUAUAGUUUAAAGGUCAAAGUGGGUUCAGGGCAACUAAAAUAUAAUAAUUACCUACAAUGCUUACUUCAAGGUAGUCGAUUUCUCAAAAUAAAUUUUAUAAAAUGAACCUCAUCAGUAGUAAAAUAACUGGCUGUUGUGUUAAAAUCGGUCCGUAACAUGUGUUUUCCGCUUUUAACAGAUCACAAACACCAAAAAACAGCUUUCUUAUUGUAUCAGUUAACCGACCCAACGGCCAUUGACCAAUAAGAAAUGCAUAAAACUGAUAAAUAGUUACUGCUUCUCGCUCCUUUCGUAGGUAUAGACAGUAGGGUUACUUUUUGGCAGUUAUUAUAAUUUCUAAUACCAAAAUAAAAUAAAAUUGAAAAAUCAAGUUUUCUAAAGGUUUACUAUCCCAGUCCGUUUUUUCAUUAAACCAUCAGAAAACUCUCGAGGAUUUAAAAAAACGGAAGUCGAUAACAAGAUCUUUGAGUAAAUAAGCAUUGUUUUACUUAGCGAGCGUUCUACUUAUAUUAUACUAGUUCUCACCUUAUACUACAACUUCUAGUUAAGUGUAAACUCAAACUAAAAUACGAUGCCUGACCUCUUGAUUGACUACAUCGAUAGUCUGAGAAUUUAUGAACUUCUGUGUAUGGUAAGAAACUGGCUUCCAGUAUGAUAUUUUUUGCUUACUCUUUAAUCUUGUUAUACUAUAUAACAUCAGUUGUUCUUUCGUUUUGUCUUCCGUCAUUCUUUUGUAUGUUAAUCUUUCCUUAAUUACAACAGUUUUUAAACUCAAUGGCUCAAUACUUCUUCCAAAACUGCUUUUAGCUACCUAAAUCUGCUUUAUGUCAAUUUCUACCCGCAAUUCUUUUGCCUAUUGCAUUGAUAUUUAGGUAUCAACCUUUCUAUUUUUCCUUGCUUUUUUUAAAUUAAAUGUAAACAACCUUCCAGAAACAAUUAAUAUUCAUUUAACACAUAUUAAUCAUGUUAUUUGCAGACUUUCUACGCCACACAUCCACAUCUAACACAACAAACGGCAGCCAAUCAGAUGAAUCAGUUACAAUCACAACAACGAGCACACCAACAACAUCAACAGGCGUUGCAACAGCAGCAACAACAACAAAUCUUGCGCAACAUUCAAGCUCAACACUCUCCUAACAUGAGUUUUGGACAACAUCUUGCUCCUCCAAUGACUAAUGGCUACGAGAGCUCCAGUAAGUUCAAUAUGACAUUCUUUUCUUUAUUUAGAGACAUGAACUGUAAAGCAAAGGCUUAAACACAUAAAUACUGUAAAAUAAAGAAUUAAACACAAAUCAGUUAUUUCUAACCAUGUUGCUUUAGGUACCCUAGACGACUACCCCAAAGUUCGUAAGAACAAAGAUGGUCGACCAAGAAAGCGAUCCCAACAUACGAAGGGUAACAAGUUAUGGGAGUUCAUUCGUGAUGCUCUGAAAGACCCAAGUACAUGUCCGACCAUUGUACGAUGGGAAGACCCAGAACAAGGUGUCUUCAGAAUCGUAGAAUCAGAAAAGUUGGCACGAUUAUGGGGAGAGAAGAAGAAUAAUCAGAAAAUGACAUACGAAAAGCUUAGUCGAGCUAUGAGGUAAGAGCUUUGACAAUCUACAAUUUACUAUGACAACUUAUACACUUUUUAUUAUACUAAAAGUACCACUUUAGCUAGCUUUUUGAGGAUAGACAAAAAAUAACUAUAAGUCUUCAACUAAAUCCGAACCCUCUUUAAAUGAAACUUUUUCAGGACAUACUACGAGAAGCAAAUCCUAGUCCCGGUACCAAAGACCGGUCUAUACCCUAAGAAACUAGUCUACAAAUUUGGCCCAGGCGCGCAUGGCUGGACUGCUCCACCACAGCUAGCCCAGGCUUGUCUUCGGCUACAACAACGAGAGCCCUAA